AUGGCAGAAAUAGUACGUCGUCCUUUUAAAAUUUGGAACUCCCACGCUCAAAGGACGGUGGGCAUAGUCGCUGCCAGCCUUCAAGAGCUGAAAUGCAAAGCAAUGGGCAAGUUUGCCCUGAAUACGUGUCGUGUGUUUUUGGAAGAUGGGACUGAGAUAGACGACGAGGAAUAUUUUUGGUUCCUUGAAUAUCAAACAAAGUUGAUUGUUGUUGGUAGAGUUGACUGGAUGGCUGGAUCACAGAGUAAGCUCUUGGAGGAACUACUUAAUAUUUAGUCUUUGAUCACUGUUUUAAUAUAUGAAAAUAUACUUAAACUUUUAACUGAGGAUGCAGUGGUGUCAGUUUGUCUUGCCUGUCGACUCACCCAAAGCUGUUGCUUGGAAAUGGUUUAAUUUGUCUGAUGCUACCUUAGCAAUAAGCAGGCAUGCACAUAAUUUAGAAUGAGCAAAUAUACGUUAUCAGGUAGCCGGCACAACAGGCAUUAUAUUUAGGGGCACUAUGGUGUGCUGUAAUAUUUAAAUCGUAUAAUAAUAAUAAUUUAGAAUUCAUAUUGCACAGUUUUUAUUAUGAGAUGAUCACCUGCCCAUUUCAACAAAAAAUAUUACAUCAUGUGUUGUAUAUAAUAUUAAAAAACCUAACUAAGAAUAAAAUUAAGCCUUACUUAAAGGUACAUCUUUAAAAGUUUUGCUUAAAAAAACUAAAUAUAAAGCACAUAGUUGUGUUAGGUAUUAAGUAUACCUAACUAAGAAUGAAAAGCCUUACUAAAAAGGUGUGUCUUUAAAAAUUUUUUACAAGUGUCAACAGAUUUGGCCAUUCAACAUUCCAGAAGUAAAUCAUUCCAGAGUUUAGGUGCCGAAGCCACAAAAACACGGUCGCUCAGGAUUGUUAUGUGAAUCAACAUUGGGGACGGCUUAACAUGACAAGUUUCAACAAAUAUGACAAGUAUCACCUCUCAUGGAAGCCCUUUAAAGGUGUUAAGGGAUUGAAUGGACAGAGGAGAGUGGUGACCAAAGUCUACCACAUUUCUAAGAAGCACUAAACUACUAAUACCAUAAUUGCAAACUAGGGGAGUGGAUUCGACAAGGUGACGAUUAAGAAUUUUGGGACAGCUGAUACUUGAUAGCAUUCUAGAAGGAGAAAACUGCUCAGCUUGUCAGUUUACUCUUCUGCAUUAAGUUAAAAAAGAAAAACAGAAAAUAAAUAAAUAAUAAUAAAAUUAAAAAAAACAAUAACAAGAAAAAAGUUAAUAGGGGCUUCCCUAAAAAUCUGCUUAACAAGUUAUAAGGAUGCUAAAGAGAAAUGCAAAUAAAACUGUUUAUAUUGUAACUGGGUAUAUAUACUACAAUUCCAAAAGCAAGGCCUUGUACAUUGUACCCUAAUGUGUUUAAUUAUUUUUUGUUCAAACAGACCCAGCUCACAGUGAAGGAAGUAUAUUCUCAAGUUUGGAGAGCAUGGUGUUUGGAUAA